GGAAUCCCGGCCCCAGAGAAAUCCAGUUUGCAGCCAACCUCCUAGAACCCAAAUGCGUGGUCCGGUAAGCACCCAGGCUGUCCUGUUCAGCCUGGCCUUUGCGGUCACAAUUGCGGCCAAGGACGACCCGGACUAUAAUCCGGCUCUCAAUUUUCGCCCUGACAAUGUCACCCUGAGCAACCUGUACUACUGGGUCGGAUCGUACUACAAUGGCACAACAGACGUGGAAUUGUUGCCCUACGCCGGGCUGGCCUCCACGUACAGGUCCCUGUGCCCCAAUCUCGCCAACACGACGAUUACCAAACAAUAUGAGACCGUGCUAGCCCUCACUGAGCCCAGUACAUAUAACACUGGCUACGACCCCGUCAAUGCCUUUCUCACGUUGUGGCCUCCCGGCUUCAAUUUCUCCUCAUUGCCUUAUCCAACCUCCUCAGACGAGACGCUCGAGCUUGACUCAUCAUUAGAAUUCGCCUUAUUUUCCUCCGAUCCUACCUACUGGGUAGAAGGCAGUGUAGAAAACAACUUCAAUUGGACGCUGAACGCCACCCAGAGCCCACCGUAUAGUCUCUCCAGUACCCUCACCGAGUACGACGGGCAGGGGGGCUUUUCUUCCAAUGUGACCAGCUGCAACGGAACGGACACCGUGGAAUGGACCUUUUACCCUCUUCCCUGGAACCUGAAUGGAACUGGGUAUAACCUGCCUGAUCCAGUUAUUGAUCUCGAAUUCGAUGUGAAAACUGCCAAUCUCUCUUUAGAGGGCUAUUUCAUCGGCUACGAGGUAGUCAAGGAAGGCUCCAAAACUGGCAGCAGUAUGGUUCUCGCCGUAGGCAAGCUGAAACUUACCUUCUUGGGCGUGUUGGAUGCAUACCACUCGGAUGUUCUGGUCAAUACGACCGAUACCCCGACUUGGCUGCGCACGGUGGGAUUUCAGAAUAACUCCCUGAACGUCGGGUAUACCAGCGUGGCAAGUGGUUCAUCGGUGCUGGGAGCUCUGGCAAUUGGCGCUUGGAUAUUCCUGAUGUCUGCAGCGUUUUCAUUUUGCGCUUGAACAUGCCCGUUCUCAAUCCUCUACGCAAGGCACCUUGGCUGGGAUACAUGUCGACUGACGAUGGCUGUAUACUUUCUUUUCUGUAGGCACCUUCACACUCUGCCCGUGGUUGGUUUGUGACGGCGGGUGAGCACAAAAGGUAGCCAUUGCAUGAAUUGCAUCUGUCACAUGCCCAAUGAUCACUGUAGUGGCUCUAUCAGUCAGCUGUAUAUGCUGUACGGAAAUGGGCAGACAUGUUGAUUUACG